UCCGGCGCUACAUGGAAUGGACGCGUCGGGGUUGCAGCGAGUCGUAGGUUGUAAUGAGGCGCCGUCAUGUGACAGGUUCAGCCGCAGGAGAGAUGGAUUCUGCAGAGAGCUCCAGAUUUAACUUCCAUGCACUAGAUGUCCCCAUCACUGGGGGGCCCCAGGAAGAGGAGGAUGAAGACGACCAGGGAGAAUUCUUUGAUUUUGACAGCGACGGGGAAGGAGACGAUUCGGGGGCCCGGAAAGGGUUAAAGUGCCGACUGUCCUCUUCCAGCAGCAUCCAGGAGAAGACCCAGGAGCCCCCCUCCCCCAGCGCAGAGCCGGUCGCCCCGGCCCGACCGUCAAGGUCUCCAUCCAUUGUCAGUAAUGGGGAUCCCAGAGGUCGGGGGAAGGUGGAGGGCCACAGCAACGUCGUCCGGAAGAGUCUGAGCAAAAAACGUUUAUCGGGUUCUCGCAGCAUCGGAGACGGCGUGAUUUACGACGACGUUCCCGGUGAGCAUGAAAGCCAGGAUGGGCUGGGACACCACCUGAUCUACGAGAACGUGGGCUGCUCGGGCGACUUCCAGGACACGGGCUGGAGCUCCAGCGAGUUCGAGAGUUACAGCGAGGGCUCCGAGGAGGAGGAGGCCAAGCCCAAGCCCGCCAAACCCUUCGUAGCGUUCCAGCCAAAGCUGUCCCCGGACCUCAACAGACUGAAGGAGAGAUAUAGCCGCACUAAGAGAGACUUCCUGGCUCUGAGGGUCAGGAGACGAGACGUCCGAGAGCUCAAACAGAGAUAUGACUGUAAGAUGACCCAGCUCAUGAAAGCGGCUCGUAGCGGUACCAAGGACGGCCUGGAGAAAACGCGGAUCGCAGUCAUGCGCAAAGUAACUUUUUUACAUCGCAAAGAAACGUCAGGGGACUCAGAAGAGGAGGAGAUGGGGUUCCUAGAAGUCAGCGGGCUGGACCUCGAGCUGAACCCCCCGUCCGAGCUCGGGCCCAUGCCGGAGGGGCUCAGUGCCCAGCAGGUCCUGCGGCGUCACAUUCUGACCUCCAUCGUGCAGAGCGAGCGCAGCUACGUGGAGUCUUUACUGCGCGUCCUGCAGGACUACCGGAACCCCUUAAUGGAGAUGGAGCCCAAACUGCUGAGCGCCCGCAAGUGCCAGGUGGUCUUCUCGCGGGUGAAGGAGAUCCUGCACUGUCAUUCGGUCUUCCAGAUCGCCCUGGCCUCGCGCGUGCCGGAGUGGGACGCCACGGAGAAGAUCGGGGAUCUGUUCGUGGCUUCGUUCUCCAAGUCCAUGGUGCUGGAUGUGUACAGCGAAUAUGUCAAUAACUUCACCAACGCCAUGAACCUGAUCAAGAGAGCCUGUCUGACCAAACCGGCCUUUCUGGAGUUCCUGAGGAAAAAACAAGCAGCGAGUCCGGACCGGGUGACGCUCUACGGGCUGAUGGUAAAACCCAUCCAGCGGUUUCCCCAGUUCAUUCUCCUCCUGCAGGACAUGUUGAAGAACACGCCGCGGGGCCACCCGGACCGCCUGUCCCUGCAGUUGGCACUGACCGAGUUGGAGACUCUGGCGGAGAAGCUGAACGAGCAGAAGAGGCUCGCCGACCAGGUGGCAGAAAUCCAGCAGCUGUGCAAGAGUAUAAAUGAGAGGAGCGCCCUCCAUAAGAGUCUGAGCUCCGGACAGCAUCAGCUCCUCGUGUGCGAGACUCUCACCGAGAUGGUGUACGGGGACAAAGGACAACUUCUUAAAUCCAAGGAACGCAAACUCUUCCUCCUCAACGACGUGCUGGUGUGCGCCAACAUUAACUUCAAGGGACAGCCGGACAUCGGGAAUCUGGUCCCGCUGGGACCUCGCUAUGUGCUGAAGUGGAACGCGGCGUUGUUCCAGCUCCACGUGGCAGAAUUUGGACAAGAAGGGAAUGUGCUGGAGAAAGAGACGGCCACCAGCCAACAGUCCACUAGCAAGAAACAGUCGCCCUCUGCUGGUCAGAAUAAGGUGUCCCUGGGGUCCCCUCGGCUGUACCAGGAGCUGCAGGACGUCAAGAAGGAUCUGGAGGUGGUGGAGCAGAUCACACAGCUCAUCAGCACCCUACACGGCUCCUAUCAGAACCUGAACAUGACGGUGGCCCAGGAUUGGUGUUUGGGACUUCAGAAGCUCAUCCGGCUGAAGGAGGAGGAAAUCCAGUCCGCCAACAAGUGUCACCUCCGCCUGCAGCUCCAGAUGCCCCGAAAAUCAGACAAGUCAGGGCGUCCAAUGAGCUUCAUGGUCCUUUUCCUCACGCCGAAUCCACUGAGCAAGAUCUCCUGGGUCAAUCGAAUGCACCUGGCCAAGAUCGGACUGAGAGAGGAGAACCAGCCUGGUUGGUUGUGCCCCGAAGAAGAGAGAAAGACAAAAAUUCCAUUCUGGUCCCCCACUCUGGUCUGUCGUCUCCCCGCAUUCUCCACCAAAGCCUCGGACUUGCAGCUGGGAGGAGCCAUCCACACCCCGGUACAGAGCUCCCUCCUGGGCUUCUCGUCCGUCAGUACGUCUCUUCCUCAGGGCUACUUAUGGGUCGGUGGUGGUCAGGUAGGGGGAGUCGGCCAAAUUCAGAUCUUCUCUCUGAACCACACCACCCCGCGCAUGCUGAAGGCCUUCCCUCUGCCAUCCUGCAUACUGUGCGUGGAGAACGUGUGCGCCAAGGAGAGCGAGGAUAGCUCAGAAAAUGAAGAGGAUUGUACGUUUUCCCCGGUGCAGCCGGCGGUGUGUGUGGGCCUUCAGGACGGGAGCAUUCUGGUGUACAGUAGCGUAGACACCGGAUCCACCUGUUUGAUGGCACUUCGGAGCCCCGGCCUCCAGCCUGUCCUCUGCCUGAGAUGGAGCUACAAGUACCUGUGUGCGGGGCUGCAAGACGGGACCUUGGCGCUGUACCCACAAAACCCAGGAGGAUUAUGGGAUCCUGAAAGCUCUUCCACCGUGCGGGUAGGAACAAGCCCUGUCCAUGCCCUGCUGGCCCUGGAUGACUGCAUAUGGGCCAGCUGCCGGAAUCGAGUGACCGUUCUGGAGACAGAACCCCUCAAAGUCCAGAGUUUUGAGGCCAUUCAGGACGAGGGGGUGAGCGUUACUCAUAUGAUCAGAGCCGGCGGAGGAGUGUGGAUGGCGUUCUCAGAGGGCUCAUCAAUACGUCUCUUCCACACCGAAACUCUGGAACUUCUACAGGAAAUGAACAUUUCUACCCGCACCUUGUCCUUGCCAGGGCAGAAGAAUCCCAAAGUCACCACCCUGAUGAUAUGCCAGGGUUUGCUUUGGGUGGGCACCGACCUUGGCAUCCUGAUCACAUUACCUGUGCCAAAGUUAGAGGGCAUCCCGAAAAUUACAGGAAAAGGGAUGGUCUCAUUGAAUGGACACUGCGGCCCGGUCCAGCUCCUCACCGUAGCCUGCAGCACAAUGGCGCCCGAAGCACUGCGUACAGAACAAGGCUCUACAGAGGAUGUAAGGGAAAACGAGGCCGCAUCAGACCCAAGAGACUCCACAAACUGCCAGUCACAAGAGACGGCCUCGGACAACCUCCCCCCGUCGCGCAGAAAAGGAAUCCUCCUCCAGUAUCGCCUUCGGGGAACGUCGCAUCUGCCCGGCCACCAUCUUUCCGCCAGGGAGGGCUCCAGAGGAGACAACGGUGCCCUGGAGACCAGCGAGGAGGACGGCUCCAUUUAUGAAAUGACGGACGAUCCCGACGUCUGGUUUAGGAGCCGGCCGUGCGCCAGGGACACAAAUCGGAAGGAAAUCACUUCCGUGGUCAUUGUGUCUGGUGGACCCGGCUAUCGGAACUUCAAUCCUUCCAACGGUAGCAGUCAACCGUCUGGGGACACGGACAGCACGUUGCUAAUGUGGCAACCCCCCCUCCUCUUAUAGCCUCUGGGGCUCCCUCUGCGCAGGGGGAAGAGCGAACAAUGCUGUUACGUUUUGUCGUUGGGUACGAAUUUCCCAGAUGUUGAUCCUUGAUUGGGAUUUGAACAGGACACAGGAAUUUAGGUGGUAAAUUAUUUAACAAAUUCUUACAGCGGACCUUGGAGUACAAUUCAAGCUCUGCAUAUAACCUUCAGACCCCCUCCCUCUCUAAAAAUCUCCUAAUUUUAGAACAGUGGAACCUCGGAUUGCGAGUAACGCGGUUAACAUGCGUUUUGCAAUGCGAUAGCUGUAUUUGAAAAUCCUAACUCGUCUUGCGAGGGUUGUCUCGCAAAAAACGAGCAGGAUUCAGGCCAAAGAGAUGAGGGGGAGCGCCGGAGCCAAGUAGAGCCGAACGGCGCAGAUUGGAAAUGUUUGGAAAGACACGGAAAUACUCAGUUUCCGAGGUGUCCUCUGGCCUUUCCGGACGUUUCCGAGGCUCUCCGGCACCCCC